GUGUAAUUUAUGGGGAGAAUGAUGUUUACAAGGUUCGAGAUCUGCGCUCUGAGGAUGUUGUGACCAGUUUUAAGAUAAGUUGCCAGUUUUUGAAUCAGAGGCUGCCUAUGUUUCUUGGUGACACUGAAUCCCUUGUGAUCAAAGAAGACACAAAAUGUAGUCUUUUCAUCAAAGCUGUUAAUGGUAUUACGAUUGGGAAGCUGGACAUCCAAAUAAAUGUUGGAAGCAGCAUUGAAUCUCUACCCCCGCCUGAAACUUUUUCAGAAGUGUGCAGGGAAGAAAUUGAUGAGCUGAUUCCUAGCUCAAAUUUUGAGUCUUUCAGAGCCAAAUCAAAUGCUUCAAAAUACUUAAUUCUGAAAGCUCAGUUGAGAAAUGCUAGUGAUGAAAAAUUGAAAAAUGUUCCUUCGGCCCAGUAUAAUUCUUAUGUACACAACUUUAACUCUCCCUGCAUAACUCCCCUGGAAACUUGUAAUGUCGCAAGUCUCCAACAUCCUCCAUCUCAGCCAACUAGUUACAUGUUAUCAGAUUUACACAGCAGUAGUGGUGAUUUCACUGAUGAGCACUCAACAACCCCGCAACUUGAUGCUCUGAACUCCAAGACUAAUGCUAGAUCACAUGUUGGUGCGCAAGAAUAUUUCAAUCAAAAUUCUAGCAGGACAAAUGACUCCGCUGAUUUUCACAAUGCUGCUCCUAAGAAAUAUGCGAUUGUCACUCAUGAGUUUAAUGUCAUCAUCAGAAAUUUUGAUCAUCACCAAGAUUAUGUGGUCAGUUACGUUUUUCCUGAAAGCACCUCUCAUGAAAAUGGGAAAGUUUUUUCCAGUUGGUCUGAAGUCUCUAUUUCAACGAACCUUAGUCGUCCUUUCUUCAUAUCACUACCCUAUGGAGUAUCACUGAAAAAUUUCCUUAAAAAAACUGGGAAAAAGUCGAUCAUAUUUUAUUUCAAACAACCAUCACAAAACAAGACAUCUGCCAAGGCUGUGUUGGAUCUUGCUGAGUUGUAUCUGAUUGAGAAACUGCACAGGUCAUCAGCCUGUUCAUCUUUCUGUGCCAAAACACUCAAGGUUCCUCUUUUCAAAGGAAAUAAUGAAAACCCAUGUGGGGUUGUGGAAAUUUGUAUUGAAUACCGUAAUUGGAUCAGAAAAUUUGACAAUUUCAAGAGUGAAUCCUUACCCUCUGGUCAAAUAGUUCACAAAAGUCUGAGUGCAAGAUCCAGAAACAAUUUGAAACCAAAUUUGCGCCAAAAAAAUGCAACUUCAUCAAGAAUCUCUGUUGAUGACGGUGCUCAACAUCUUGAGCAAGAGCAAUCAAAUAAAGAUUCUACUAAUUCCAGACUGCUAAACGUAACUUUCUGUGUGAAUGAAAAUAAAAAUGUCUUGCAGGAGUCUCAUCAACAUACAUUCAGUGAUGAGUCGAAAGUAGGAUCAUUGGAUAGUAUUCAGAUAACAGAGGAUGGUGGAGACUCUCCAUUAACUAUUCAUUAUGAAAGAGGGAAUCCUUCAACUGUCUCAAAAUCUGAUAGAUUUAGCCACCCUAUAUUUACUUUACCUGAUUGUAAAACAAAAACUCAAGAGGUGAGUGGCUUAAAUGAAAAGGCUGAGACAGAUGCAGUACAGUAUUUAAGCCAGCUAAAAAUAAAUGAUGCCAGUCCUUGUUCUGGUGAAAGGCAACAGACUAAAAAGAGUGAUGAAGCAAAUCUAAGCGCCCUCUCAAUUUUUAAAACGUCUCGUUUGAUUUCACCAAAUGCUGUCUCCUCAUAUUUCCAAACCUCUGCAUCAAGUGGUAUGUUUGCUGCUCCCUAUUCUCAUUUGGUUUUGGGUGGCGAAUCAAUCAACAAUGCUUAUAAAAAUGGUUACGAAAACAUAGUUGCAGAUCAAACUCAACCAUUACUCGCUGGUAGCUUACCUACUACAAGUCCCAAUCAGAUCAAUGGGAGCAAAAGGAUGGCAGAAGAAUCAUUCAUUGGGCCUAACAGCACUCCAACCUUCAGUGAUGAACAGAUUUUCAAUUUCGAUACCGACAGAACUAAUGUGGCUAAAUCACAUCUGCAUGAAUCGAGCAGAAAAAAUGUAACCUCAGCAAGCUUUGACCCAAGGAUCAAAGUUGAAGAAACGCUGUUUGAUAAAUAUGACAGCUUCCCAAAAUGUUCCGUUUUCAAAAUGGAUCUCGUUUUACCUGACUGUGAAAAUGAUGCAGUUCCUAAAACCUGUCUCUCUCCUGAAAUCAGGACUGUUUCAUCAGAUGUGAGCAGUAAACAUGAAGAGAAUUCAAGUAGCACUUGUUUGGCUGAAAACGCAAGAAACUUCUCUGAAUUUACCACUGUUUCUUUUGAAAGAAGAAGAAAUUCUGAUUCUGGUUUCUUUGGCACAUCAGUGAUAGAUGCUGAAGAAUUUUGCCCAAGAAAGUCAAUCAAGAAUCAGUUCUCAAGUGAGCCAAAUAUUUGCAAGCCAUUGAAAAGUCGCCCACCUCUUGAUGACUUCGGCAUAUCUUUGAGGAACACAUCGCAAGAUAAAUGCUUUUUGGCUCGAAUUGGUAUCGUCCGAUCUUUCAAUAUUCCCAUGAUAAAACUAAAGGGCACCAAAAAUUUGACACAACCUACCACAUACGUAACUUUCCAUGAUUGCUUCAAACGGUUACACACCUCUUGCACAGUCGUUGAAACACUUAUACCUGAGUAUAACUCUCGACACAAAGCCUGGCUGUCAGCUGAACUGCUGAAGGAUCCCGAAGAACGGUUAGUUCUACAAGUUUGGUGCAAAAGAUACCAGAAUGAGUUUGCUGGACCUGAUCGUGUUAGAGAUCGCUGUCUAGGUUUUGUUUUUUGCAACUUAACCGUUUUGAUGCGCAAUUUUCGUUAUGCUGGUGGAUGGCAUCAGAUCAUAUCACCAUCUGGGAAGAAUAAUGGACAGAUACAGAUUCUGGUGAAACCACUUCAAAGUAUCGAUUUUGUGAAAGAUCUAGAGUGCGAGGUUCUUGUCCAUAGUGAGAGUAAUUUGAUCAACGACCUCCAGCCGUACAACUUCUACUUGAAUGCUGCUGUUACCAAACAGAAAAAUGAUGUUUCGUCCAAAGAGUUAUUGAGUCAAGAGAUAUUGGAACUCGAAAACCAGAUCAAGGAGUUGCAACUGUCUCAUAAAAAACGGUCGAUGAAGGCAGAGUCAUCAAAGGUAAUAGCUGGAAAGAAUGCCGAAAAGAAUUCUCCCAUCAGUAGUGGUAAAGGCACAGCAAAGAAGAUUGCUAGAUUUCUAUCGUUCAGGCGGAAAUCAAGAAAACAUAAAAGUCUACCAAUUUCUGAAGAUGUUAGCGGUUCUGUGUCAUCUGGAAGUGUAAUAGAGUCAGAAAAUAUCAGAAUCGCCAAAAAUAAUUCUGAUAAGUAUGACAGUGCUCCAGUGUCCAGUAAUGAGAGUGAGUCACCCUGCUCCGAAUCUGCCUGUGAUGGUAAGAUAGAGGUUAAAAAAUCCUCUUCUAUUUUUGUUCGCAGCUUUUCAUUCAAAUUGAGAAAAUCUGGAAGAAAAAGUAAAGUUCAUCAAAAUGCUUUGCUUCAAAAUUUACCUCUGUAUCAAAAAAAUUCUCCACAAAAUCUUGAUGAAUUUGAUAAGUGUAUGUAUAUAAAUUCCAUUUAAGCAAAGCAAUUAAUCCUUAUCCAUGAAAAAGAAGUAGGCCUUUUUGUCUCAGUUUAUAGUGUCAUCAAUUUUUUUUGUAUAUUUUUACAAUUUUUCGCAAGUUCCUUUACUUUUUUGCAAGUUCCUUUAAUUACGGCACACUGUUUUGGAACAGUUGUUUUUAAAAAUUUUUAAUUUUCUCAAUAUCAUCAUAUGAAAUAAUUUCAAUUUUACACUUUUAGAUUUAUGAUUAAUGUUUUCUUUUUUUAUUAAUUGAAAGAGAAGUAACUUUACAAGCAGUGCCUAUCUGUAUGUAUUCAGCCAGAAAUCUUCUCAGUGCCUGUUUAUGCUCCUGUGCUUCUCCACGAUGCUUCUCUCUUUGGCUCAGGAAAUUUCGGAAUUAAGUUAGUAGAUUGUUCACAUUUUUGUUGAGUUCAGUUCUGAGAUAAGUUCUGUUUGGUUUUACUUAUUCUCUCCAAGGAACUUUUUGCAUUCGGGUGUUUUAUCCUUAAGCGUACACCACACCUGGAGUCGUAGGAAGUCAUUAAGUGUAAAUUUAAUAUGAAAACAAAGUUCAAAUCACAAGAUUUUUGGCAUUUUACUUUUUCCUCUCCUUUUUUUUGUGUUUGCCGUAGGAAGUUAAAUAGGUUGUAAUUAGUGCUUUCCUGUGCAAAUCAGUUCAAUAUGUAGGAGUCUUUUAUUUUUUUAUGCUAAAUGCGUCAUCUACAUUAUCUGGUCAUUGAUUCGCUUCUAUCAUGAUUAGUCUAAUCGUAAAGAUGAUGAGUAUUUGUUAUAUUUAUUAGUGCAAAUUCUAUAGAGAGGCAAAGGAGACUCUUGGUGAAUCAAAAGUCUAUUAAUAAAAAACCUUUUUUUCGAAAUGUUGACCAACUUACAAAAUAAGCCCUUUCCUUAGAAAGGCUUUUCUCACUUAUUUCAGUAUUCAAAACUUUGCACCUGUAAUGUUCCAAAACAUAUCCAGCUUUCUUAGGUUUUUUACCGCUCAGUGUAUAUUAUUUUAUUUUAAGUCUGCAAGGUUUUUUCUUUCUGUUGUUUUUAUUUUUCAUUGGUUUUCAGAAUCUCAUGUGUAUUAUUAAAGAUAGAUGGUUUUUGUUUGAAUGUAUUAACCUCAAACAUUUAUAAUUGUUAUCACUGACGUCAGCACUUAAACCUAAGUAACUUACUUUAAGGUUUGCGGCAUACUUUAGUUGUGGAUUGUCAAAAUAAGAUCUGUUUAGAGCAACGAUUUCAUAGGGGCAUCUAGUUUUUGUGGCAUCUACCUGUUUGAAGACUGCAGAAAAUGGUAAUUUUUUUCGUUUUAGAUAAUAUUUACCCUUUAGAAUCUCAAUGUAUUUUCUCCUUUUUAAUUUUUCCGACACUUUUUUUUAAAAUGUAUUGCUCAGGAAUUUACUAUUGUAAUUUUUCAUUGUAGGUUCUCGUAAGUGUCUUGUACAAUCAUAAAGCAGGAGUGAAGGAACCUAUUUGUUUGAAUUAAUCUCAUAUUUAAACAUUUUUUGUGAAAUGCCCAAUUUUCUUGCCAGCAGUUGUUAAUCAAUGCUCCAAAAAACAUGUCCCCUCAUCAGAAUCGAACACUAGACCAGACUAAGAUGAGAAAGAAAUUCCUGUAGAGUCUUGAUUAUCUGUGAUUUGAAUUAUUUGCGGCUUUUUCCCCUUGCAGAUUGCAGUCCAAAACUGUUGCAAAUUAUUUUAAAAAAAAUUUCUCCAGAAAUCAUGUUUGCCCAAAUAAGUGCUUUUACUGUAAAAUUAAUUCAUAUAGACUGAUAAUUGCAUUUCUGCCUAAUAUUUGACGAGUUUUUUAAUAGAAUCUCCUAAAAUACAGUCUUUUCGAUUGCUUUUUCCCGCCAAAUUACCAUGGCUUAUUUUUCGACUAUUUACAUUUUUUACUAUCUGCGGUAGCCGUAGCCACUGCAGAUAAUCAAGACUCGAAUGUACGUAUAUCUAUGUCUGGAAUAGAUGGAUCCAAAAGGACCAAAUUUUUUCUGAAAUUAAAAGUAUAGGUGUCAACAUUAAUAUACCAGGAGGCAAAAUUGGAAACAUCAGUGCACAAUUUGGACCCACGAUAUGCACUGAAAAAUUGACAGAGAUGCAAUGUUAAUAAUUCUUAGAGCUGGAGAACUAUGUACGAAAAGAACACAUUAAAGACUAAGAGAUUUCCCUCUCUAAAGCCUCAUUCAGACAGUCAAAUUUUUAACGUGACAAAAGUAGACAACAAGUAAAUGGGGAGUUGGAUGCAAAAAAGUUCUACUCAAUUACUGUUGCCAUGAGAUACUGUCCUAACUUUGAAAAUUAGCAUGCCAAGAUCCUUAUCAGCCUCUGGUUUCAAUCGACCCUCCCGAACUUUUGAGCAGCUUCGGUGAUGUCGAUCGGAAGAUUUUGUUUCACCUUUUGGUCCUACUUUCCAUCCAAUAUGAAAAGUUGAGAGUGAUGUCAGAUUCAGGUUUCUGUUCAACCUACCAUCUGAUUGAUGCUUUCUUGUGUCAGUAUCACAAGUUUCAACUUUUCAUCUGACAAAAGCGAGAGAAAAAUCCAACAGAAAGUUUGACUUGUCUAGGCUUAAAGAUUUUUGCUUUCAAAUGUAAGUCUGUUGUAAUCGAGAUAAAUAAAGUAAAAGUUCACUCAUCCAGAUUGUUGAGGAGCCUCUCUGUCCAUAAUUAAUUUUUUCGUAAUUUUAACCAUAUUUUCUUAAACAUUUUUUAUGAAAAAGAUUGCAUGAGACAAAAGAGAUAAGGUUCCUCUCCAUUAAUCCAGCCACAUCCCCUUAAUUUUAUAAUUUUUAUCAAAAUGUAUUUUUUAUAGUAAAAGAGGACGUAGCAAAAUUUUAUUUCACUGAUGACGUGUAACACUUCGAAGUUUUCAUUUUGCAUUACGUUCAUUAUUUUUCCAAGUAAGUAUAGGUUCAGUUAGUUCAUACAUAGACGAGCAUUCUUGCAAUCUUGACAAUUGAAUUCAUUGAAAGCUCUGUUCUUGUCUAAUACCUUACUUUCUACUAUCUCUCAACCUCUCUCCAGGCUAUGCUAAUUAUUUUUCCAUCCAUAGUUGUUAAUAUUUGAUGUAACCCUAAAAGAAAUAUCAGUAAACUUGAUUUGAUACAAAGUACAAUCA